GUCAAGAGGCAGAAAUUGGGUCCUGAAGGUGAGCAGAAGGUCAGGGAGUCGGCUGUGCGCCUCUUGAGGAGCCACCUAAACCUGGGUGACCUUGUGCUUGAGGUAGAAGGUCCUCCCGGUAAACAGCUGUGUCUCAGCCGGUUGAUUGAUUAUGAUGGUCCUGGGGCCCACACUGACCUUUCCAGUUCAUUGAUAGGCUCUGCUUUGCGCGACCAAGCCGCGCAGCUGGGUGUUCCAGCGGCCGUCCUGUGCAGUCAGGUGGUGGCCUCUGGCCUCGUGCGGGUCUGUGAGGCAGAUGCGGGGCCCCCUCCCAAGGUGCUGCUGACACCGGACCAGAGGAAGAAACUGUCUUCCUUGUUUGAGAUCGCUCAGAAUUUAUUAGCACAAAGCAUGUUCUCCCGUCUUUCCUUUUGUCAAGAACUAUGGAAAGUACAGAAUUCUUUGCUGCUUGAAUCUGUAUGGCGCCUUCAUGUUCAAAACAUUGUAAGCCUCCAAGAGCUGCUGGAAAGCCAUGCCGACUCUCAGGCCGUGGUGGCCUGGCUCUCCAGGGACCUGCGCCUGCUGUGUGAGCAGACAGAGGCACCCUGUCAGCACACCGACGUCGCCAGGACUAUGCUUGCUGAUUUUGUGCAAAUGCUCGUUUUGAGGGGAUUCCAGAAGAACGUGGAUGUGAGAGGAACCGUGGACCCGGAGUGGAUGUCCCAGGUGGCCGUCGCCGUUCUCGAGAGGAUGCUGGCUUCCGCGCUCGAAGCUUUGGCGGCCGGGAUACAGGAGGGGUCCGCAGCACACAAGGCAGUGAGCUGCUGGUUUGGUGUGUUCAGUGGACACAUGUAUGGAAGUAUAAUUUCAACCGAGUCUACAAAGAGGUUCUUCUGUCACACUCUGACCCAGAUCCUCACCCACAAGCCUGUGCUGAAAGUUUCCGACGCUGUUCAGAUGCAGAGAGAGUGGAGCUUUGCAAGGACCCCGCCUCUGCUCAGUGGCCUGUACCGUAGGCUCUUCGUGAUCCUGAGCCCAGAGGAGCUGGUGGGCCACUUGCAAGAGGUUCUGGAGACACAGGAGGUGAACUGGCAGCACGUGCUGUCCUGCGUGUCCACACUGGUGAUCUGCUUGCCAGACGCACAGCAGCUCGUUAAUGGUUGGGUGUCACGUUUGCUGGCUCAUGCGUUCGAGAGCUGUGACCUGGACAGCAUGGUCUUGGCGUUCCUGGUUGCACGGCAGGCUGCGCUGGAGGGCCCAGCUGCCUUCCCGUCCUAUGCCGCCUGGUUCCAGGCCGCCUUCGGGAGCGCAAGGGGCUUCCACGGCUCCAGCAAGAAGGCGCUGGUCUUCCUCUUCAAGUUCCUGUCUGACCUCGUGCCCUUCGAGGCCCCCCGGUACCUGCAGGUGCACAUCCUCCACCCGCCACUGGUUCCCAGCAAGUACCGCGCCCUCCUCACCGACUACGUGGCGCUGGCCAGGACACGCCUGGCCGACCUCAAGGUUUCUGUAGAAAACAUGGGGCUCUAUGAGGAUUUGUCUUCAGCUGGGGACGUCACGGAGCCCCGCUGCCAAGCGUCCCAGGAUGUUGAGAAGGCCAUCAUGGUGUUUGAACACACGGGGAAGAUUCCCGCCGCCGUCCUGGAGGCCAGCAUAUUCCGGAGGUCCUACUACCUGUCCCACUUUCUCCCCGCCCUGCUCACACCGCGAGUGGUCAGUACACGUCGUCGUGAACGUGGGGCUGGGUCGGCAGAGAGCGGGGUCCCUGUCGGCGUCUCACCCAAGUCCUGUCUUCCCUCUCAGCUCCCGAGGGUCCCUGAUUCCCGGGCCGCUCUCAUAGAGUCCCUGAGGAGAGCAGAAAAAAUUCCCCCCUCCUUAUACUCCACCUACCGCCAAGCCUGCUCCACUGUCGGAGAGAAGAAGCCAGAAGAUGCAGCCUCGCGAAGGGAGGUGGAGCCCAGCUGUGCGGAGGAGCCGCUGGGCCUGCUCACAACUGCCCUGCGAGAGCUCAGGGCCUCAGUGACAGAUCCCACCCAGCGUGACGCGUUGUUGGCUCAGAUGGCAGUGAUCUCUGAACAGCUCCGCUCUGCCCUGGGCCUCGGUGAGGAUGACAGCGACUUCGAGGGGGCCCCGGUUCAGCUCAGCGUCCAGGCCCCCAAGCUGCAGCCAGGGGAGCAGAGGGUCGUGGAUCUCCUGCUGACGUCUUUCUGUCAGAACCUCAUGGCGGCCUCCAGCGUUACCCCACCAGACAGGCAGGGCCCCUGGGCCGCCCACUUCGUGAGGACCCUCUGCAGACGCAGGCUCCUGCCGGCUCUGCUCAGCAGGCUCUGCCAACUGCUCCGUCACCAGGGCCCGAGCCUGAGUGCCUCACAUGUGGUGGGGUUGGCUGCCCUGGCCGUCCACCUCGGCGAGUCCAGGUCUGCCCUCCCGGAGGUGCAUGUGGGCCCUCCCACCCCUGCCAGGGGCCUGCCCGUCCCCGAGCUCUUCGACAUCCUCCUGCCCUGUAGGACCCAGGAGUCCUCAGCCCUGUGUCUGAAAUUUUGUACAGCGGCAAUUUCUUAUUCUUUGUGUAAGUUUUCUUCCCAGUCACGUGACAUCUCGUACAGCUGUUUGUCUCCAGGCCUUAUAAAAAAGUUCCAGUUCAUGGUGUUCAGAUGGUUCUCAGAGGCCCGAGACCCUCCCUCUUGGGAAGACCCGGCCAACUCUCCCUGGUGGCCCCUGUGCCUGCCCUCCGUGGACUGGCAGCAAGCCGCCCUCUGCCUGUGGAAGCAGAGGACCUUGCGGGAACUGCUGAAGCAGGAGGGACUCCAUUUGACUUACAGAGACUGGUUACAGCUGGAACUAGAAAUUCAGCCUGAAGUUGAUUCUCUUUCAGAUACAGAAAGGCAGGACUUCCACCAGUGGGCCAUCCACCAGCACUUCCUCCCCGCGCCCUCUGCCACCGGGGGCUGCGAUGGAGACCUGGAAGUCGCCUGUGCCACGCUCGUCGACGUGCUCAUGGACUUCUGCCAAAGGUCAAGGAGUUAUGAUCACUCAGAGAAUUCUGAUUUGGUUCUUGGUGGCUGCACAGGAAAUCGGGAUAUAUUUUCCAGAUUGCAGGAGCUGGCUGCUGACCUGGAGCAGGGCCCAGCGCCCCUCGGCCGUGCUGCUCCCCGGGGCCACUUCCUCUUUGGAGUUUUCUGCAGACGCCUCCAGGCCCUGGCUCGAGGGUGGGACGUGGCCAGCCGCCUGCAGCGACAGCAGGAGCUGCUCAUGUGCAAACGCAUCCUCCUCGGCCUGCCCCCCUCCGUGCUUGUCGGCAGCCCCCGCUCGGAGCAGCUGGCCGCCCCCGACUGCGAUGACUUCUUCCGCUUGGUCAACUCGGAGCUGCGAAACUUCUCCCACGACGGCGCCCUGACCCACGACAUCACGGCCCACUUCUUCAGGGUAAUUUCCUUUCCCUCUGCCCCUCCAGCGUCGCUGCUCACUCAGACCCCAGGGCUAGGCCCUUGCGUGCGUGGCAGCUCCCGGGGCCCGGGUCCACAGCCCCGUGCAAACCCUGCGUGCGGGCGUGUCUCCCCGCAGGGGCUCCUCAACGCCUGUUCACGAAGCAGAGACCCCUCCCUGGCAGCCGACCUGACCCUGACUGCCUGCCAGACCCAGUGCCCCUUGCUUCUGACCUCUGCUCUGCUGUGGUGGCCGCACCUGGAGCCUGAGCUUCACCGCCGCUGGAGGAGAUGCUCCCAGAGCCCGCUGCCUGCAGAGCUGCGGAGGCUGCAGGAGGCCCGGCACUUUGCCGGGAGCGUCCUCUCCCCGCUUGCGGCAUCCCCCGCACCUGGCCCAGCCUGGCUCUGCGCGGCUGCCCUGCACUUUGUGAUUCGACGGGCCGGGAAGGAGAGCAUCCGGCGGGAGCUGGGGCAGCUGGACGGCCAAGGAGAGGAGCUGUUGGUUUUCCUGUUUUUUUUCUCCUUGAUGGGCCUGCUCUCUUCACAUCUGACCCCACAGGCCGUUGGCUCCCUGAAGGCUCUGGGCGUCUGUGCCGAGGUCCUGGGGUGUCUGCAGAGGAAGAGGAUUCCCUGGCUGCCGCUCUUUCAGUUGACGGAGACGGAUGCCGGCCUGGGGCGCACCCUCCUCCGCCUGGCCCCCGACCACCAGGUCAGGCUGCUGCCGGUCGCCUUCUACAGCCUCCUGUCCUACUUUGACGAGGAUGCCCUCCUCCAGGAAGAUGCCUUCCUGCACGUUGCUGUUAACAUGUACCUGAAGCUCGUGGGCCUCUUCGUGGCUGGGGAGACUGGUGCGCUCUGGACUGUGGCCCACAGUGGGGACCUCCAGGCCCAGGGUGACCCUGUAAGCCUGAUAACAAAGGCUCGUCUUUUUCUGCUGCAGUCGAUACCUCGGUGCUCGAAAAGGAGCUUCUCAGACGUGGCAGAGGUAAUGCCCAGGUGCUCGCCUUUGUCUGUCUUUAAGUCCCCAUCACUGUUCACUGCGAGGGUGCUGAACGCCUUCGGGAAAACGAGCAUGUGGCGUCCAGCACUUGGCAUCUCCCCGGGCCCUGGGUCUUUGGGGGCCAUGGGCAGCAGCACGGGCCCAGCACACGGGCUUUUCUUGCAGCUGCUGGGCGCGAGUGCGGACUGUGACCCGGAAGUGCGUGCCGCCCUCCUCAGCAGGCAGCAGGCCGUGCUGGACCCUGACCUCUACCAGGAGCCCCGACUCUUCUGA